AUGCCUAUGAAAUACAAGCCAGCAGUUGAGGGAAAGGCAGUGAAGCCUCCUCAGAUCCCAUCGCCAGGAAACAACUCCUUCUUGGGUGAUAUUUUCACAUCUGAUGCUCCUAAAGAAGAACAGAUCUCCUGUGGCUUCUAUAAGCAAGAGAAGGGGGAACCCUUGGUUUACACCUAUACUUAUGAUGAAAUGAAGAUCAUUUUGGAAGUUGAGGGUGAGUACACUAUUGCAGAUGAAACCGGAUACAAAGUCUCUGUUUCUCCAGGGGACGUGUUCUACUUUAAAAAGGGUACAACAAUCACUUUUGAGACUACAGGUUAUGGUUUAGCUUUCUUCACGGGAUUGAGACCAAAUGGCGAAGCAUAA